GGGGGAGCCCGGGCCCUGGGGAGCCGCCCCCGCCCCCGGCCCGGCCGCGCGGCUCGCGCCCCGCGCCGGGUCCCCACCUCCGCGCCCGCCCCGCGGGCUGACCGGCCGAGCGGGGCCCGCCCCCUGCGCCCACCAUGUACGCCUUUGUGCGGUUCCUGGAGGACAACGUCUGCUACGCGCUGCCCGUGUCGUGCGUGCGCGACUUCAGCCCCCGCUCGCGGCUGGAUUUUGACAACCAGAAGGUGUACGCCGUGUACCGGGGCCCGGAGGAGCUGGGCGCUGGGCCCGAGAGCCCCCCGCGCGCCCCCCGCGACUGGGGCGCGCUGCUGCUCCACAAGGCCCAGAUCCUGGCGCUGGCAGAAGACAAAUCUGACCUUGAAAACAGUGUGAUGCAGAAGAAAAUAAAAAUCCCCAAACUUUCUCUCAAUCUCGUAGAAGAAGAUGGGGAAGUUAAAGAUUAUGGGGAAGAAGAUUUACAGCUUAGACACAUCAAGGAUUGUCUGGGGACAUAUUGAGCCGCAGUCCAAGACAGCCCCAGCUGCCCUUGCCUGAACUGACUCUCGUUGUCCUACACAGAGACCCGAGGGGCGGAAGCCGAGCGAAGUGGCGCACAAGAGCAUCGAGGCAGUGGUGGCCCGGCUAGAGAAGCAGAACGGCCUGAGCCUGGGCCCCGGCACGUGCCCGGAGGAGGUGUUCGUGGAGGCCUCGCCGGGCGUGGGGGACAUGGACAGUCUGGAAGACGCCGGCGUGCCCCGGGCUCUGUACGAGGAGCUGCUGCGCAACUACCAGCAGCAGCAGGAGGAGAUGCGCCACCUCCAGCAGGAGCUGGAGCGGACUCGGAGGCAGCUGGUGCAGCAGGCCAAGAAGCUCAAGGAGUACGGGGCGCUUGUGGCUGAGAUGAAGGAGCUCCGCGACCUCAACCGCAGGCUGCAGGACGUGCUGCUCCUGAGGCUGGGCAGUGGUCCCGCCAUUGACUUGGAAAAAGUAAAGUCAGAAUGUCUCGAGCCCGAGCCGGAGUUACGGAGCACUUUCAGUGAGGAAGCAAAUACGUCGUCCUAUUACCCCGCUCCUGCACCUGUCAUGGACAAGUAUAUCCUAGACAAUGGCAAGGUCCAUCUGGGAAGCGGGAUUUGGGUUGAUGAGGAGAAAUGGCACCAGCUGCAAGUCACCCAAGGAGAUUCCAAGUACACGAAGAACUUGGCAGUCAUGAUUUGGGGAACAGAUGUUCUGAAGAACAGAAGCGUCACAGGAGUUGCCACAAAAAAAAAGAAAGAUGCAGUCCCUAAGCCACCCCUCUCGCCCCACAAACUAAGCAUCGUCAGAGAGUGUUUGUAUGACAGAAUAGCACAAGAAACUGUGGAUGAAACUGAAAUUGCACAGAGACUCUCCAAAGUCAACAAGUACAUCUGUGAAAAAAUCAUGGAUAUCAAUAAAUCCUGUAAAAAUGAAGAACGAAGGGAAGCAAAAUACAAUUUGCAAUAAACUUUGGAUUUUUCAUAAAACCUUCUCGUUUUCCUUGCUUGGCGUGUGAUUUGCGGGCGAUGGUGUUGUCCAGAUCAGACCCCACCAUGCAUGGUGGUGCGCGGGCCAGGAGCCAGUAGGGUUCUGGGGUCAGCCGGCCUGUUCUGAGCUUGGACUUCUCACUCCAAAGACCGCAGAUGGAUUUGCUGAGAUUCAGGCAGCAACCUGGCACCAGAGUUGUUCUGGGGAUGGUGAAAAUCCUGUCCUUUCGGAAGGGGAUGAAGUGACUCUGAGUUGCCUAUCACUCGGCCAAGAAUUUGAGCUGAUAUUUUUACCAUUCAAGGACUUCUAUCUUUGUUCCUCUAUUUUGUUCUAUAAUAAAGCUUCAUUAAUUCUUUGCUGU